AUGAUCAUAACCAACGCGAUACGCCUGGAUAUAUCGGUCAUAGUACUGGUUUACGGCUCUAACUCGAACAAGCUAGAACCGUUCGUGACGCCGUACUCCAUUUUCGAGAAGCUGCAGCUGUCCGCCUUUACCGUGCAGAAACUCAUUAUAUCGGGCCUCUAUAUUAUCGAAACGACUAAGAUUCUUCAAUUGCUGAAGGGCGUGGCGCCUGCUGGACCGCGACGCGUCAUGAGCCACCUGAUUAUCGUCAACUUCUUUAUCGUUCUCCUCGACGUGAGCGUCCUGGCCUGGGAGUUCACUAAGCAAUACAAUAUCCAAACAGCCUGGAAGCCUGUUGUGUACAGCGUCAAGCUUAAGGUCGAGUUCACUGUUCUGAACCGACUGCAGGCACAACGCCAGGGCGUCCAGGACCAGUGGAGUCUGGGCUCACGAAAGAAAUCAUCCUCCUCCUGCUUCACACCACUCACGUUCCCUGGUCCCAUCACGAUGCUCUGGCUGACAGCCAACAUGUCGCAUUUUGUAAACGUCGAUUUAUUGGCGACGGCCACCAACGCCCAAUAUCUCCCAAACCUCUUGGGGGGCGCCGUCAAGCCAGCCAUCUCGUUCCUGUCGUAUUCACCCGACUUCUACGACGUUAUGGGCCACAAUGGGACGGCGCGCAUGGUUUGGGAUCUGCCCUGGGAGGCAUUUCACGAAGCCGGCGUCUACAACAAAGAGGACAGUUCCCUCAAUAUCACGUCCAACUACAGGAGCCCGGGGAACAGCAUCAACAUCACUGUCGUCUCGCUCGACUCGGACGACUACGGCUAA